GGAAGGAGGGGAAAGAAGAGAAGACAAAAGGUUCAUAAAACUAAAGCAGUUGUGGACGACAGCAAAGGUUCCUCGUAAAGCUCAAACUCUUACAAGUUGAAGGAAUGGGCCGACUUCCAGUGGUCCUGCUCCUCUGCAGUUUCCACGCGCUCGCAGCUGUAGCCCAAGACCAGCCGACCGAGAGCACUGAAGCACCUGGAGGCACCUUGCCAGCCAACUGUAGGGAGGAGAUGUAUCCUUGCACCAGGAUGUACUCGGUUCACCGGCCCGUCAAGAGAUGUAUUGGCGGCCUUUGUCUCUACAGCCGUUCUCGCGUCUACGUGAUCAACAACGAGAUCUGUGUGAGGACAGUGUGCCAGCAGGACGAGUAUCUGAAAGCCGAACUGUGCAGAGAGUUGUCCGGGUGGCCCAGGCGCGUCGAGAGGUCAUCCAAUAGGAAACGCUGUCGUCGCCAUCGCCCUGGCAACCCCACAACCUGGGCAAACAAGGCCUGAUGGGGCGCCAGGAUGGCGACGUGACCACCUGUGAGGAUGGAGCCUCUCAGAGACACAAACCGGGGACGUCGUCAUAAAAACAGCCCAUAACACCGUAAAUCCACCACUCGACACCCAGGAGUCUCUUGCUCUUCCUCUCUCUCACUCACACACACACACACACACACACACACACACACACACAC